GCUCUCCCCCGAGCGGCGGGACGCGCGGAGCGCCGGGUGCGGCCAUGCGGGACCCUGGCCCGACCCCGACCCCGAGCGCGAGGGCGACGCCGAGCGCGAGCGCGACCCUGACCGCGACCCCCGGCGCGGCGCGGCUCCCCCGGCGGAGGCGGCGGGCGCGGGGCGCGCUCUGAGGCCCGGGGGAUGCGCGGCCGCCUCGACCAUGGGCGCCGCCGCCUCCAGGAGGAGGGCGCUGAGGAGCGAGGCCAUGUCCUCGGUGGCGGCCAAAGUGCGAGCAGCCCGAGCGUUUGGAGAGUACCUGUCCCAGAGUCACCCUGAGAACCGCAACGGUGCAGACCACCUGCUGGCUGACGCCUACUCUGGCCACGACGGGUCCCCCGAGAUGCAGCCAGCCCCUCAAAACAAGCGCCGCCUCUCCGUCAUCUCCAACGGCCGCUACGAAGGCAGCCUCUCAGAGGAGGCCAUCAUUGGGGAGCCGGCUGGUGAGGGCCCCCAGCCCCGCGUGUACACCAUCUCUGGGGAACCAGCCCUGCUCCCCAGCCCCAAAGCAGAGGCCAUUGAGCUGGCUGUGGUGAAGGGGCGGGGCCCGCGGGAGCGGCACGCUCACCACCACAGCCAGCCCCUGCGCGCCAGCCCAGGCAGCAGCCAUGAGGAUGUCAGCAGGCCCUGCCAGAGCUGGGCAGGCAGCCGCCAGGGUUCCAAGGAGUGUCCCGGAUGUGCCCAGCUGGCCCCUGGCCCUUCCCCUCGGGCCUUUGGGCUGGACCAGCCACCUCUGCCCGAUUCCUCUGGCCGCCGCAAGAAGCUGGAAAGGAUGUACAGUGUUGACCGCGUGUCAGAUGAUGUCCCCAUCCGUACCUGGUUCCCCAAGGAAAACCUUUUCAGCUUCCAGACAGCAACCACAACUAUGCAAGCGGUGUUCAGGGGCUACGCAGAGAGGAAGCGCCGGAAACGGGAGAAUGAUUCCGCGUCUGUAAUCCAGAGGAACUUCCGCAAGCACCUGCGCAUGGUCGGCAGCCGGAGGGUGAAGGCCCAGACGUUCGCUGAGCGGCGCGAGCGGAGCUUCAGCCGGUCCUGGAGCGACCCCACCCCCAUGAAAGCCGACACUUCCCACGACUCCCGAGACAGCAGCGACCUACAGAGCUCCCACUGUACACUGGACGAGGCCUUCGAGGACCUGGACUGGGACACCGAGAAGGGCCUGGAGGCCGUGGCCUGUAGCACUGAGGGCUUUGUACCACCCAAGGUCAUGCUCAUCUCCUCCAAGGUGCCCAGAGCUGAGUACAUCCCCAACAUCAUCCGCAGGGACGACCCAUCCAUCAUCCCCAUCCUCUACGACCACGAGCAUGCCACCUUUGAGGACAUCCUGGAGGAGAUAGAGAAGAAGCUGAACGUCUACCACAAGGGGGCCAGGAUCUGGAAGAUGCUGAUCUUCUGCCAGGGAGGCCCCGGACACCUCUAUUUGCUCAAGAACAAGGUGGCCACCUUUGCCAAAGUGGAGAAGGAAGAGGACAUGAUCCACUUCUGGAAGCGGUUGAGCCGCUUGAUGAGCAAAGUGAACCCGGAGCCAAACGUCAUCCACAUCAUGGGCUGCUACAUUCUGGGGAACCCCAAUGGGGAGAAGCUGUUUCGGAACCUCAGGACCCUCAUGACUCCUUACAGGGUCACCUUCGAGUCCCCCCUGGAGCUGUCAGCCCAAGGGAAGCAGAUGAUCGAAACCUACUUUGACUUCCGGCUGUACCGCCUGUGGAAGAGCCGCCAGCACUCGAAGCUGCUGGACUUUGACGACGUUCUGUGAGGAGCACGGGCCACUGCCCAGUCACCACCAGGCCACUUCCUCUGGACCAGGGGACUAGGGGCAGGGCUGCCUCAUGCCACCUGGGACCAUGCAGUCCUGGUCUUGCCCAGAGCCACUUCAGGGCAUCUCAGACGUUGCUCAGGUUCUCUCCCGGGGGUAUGGUCCUCGCUGCGCUGACGGGUCACAGAGGCCGCAGUCCCUGGGGAGGCCAGGAGGAGCCUGGCCCAGGGGCCAGCCCUGACCUGCCCAAGCCUCGCCUGGAGGCUGCAACCCUGGGAAUCCUGUCCUCGGGGGCCAUAGAAAUAAGUGCAAUUUUCUACACCCGAAACAAUUCAAAGGGAAGCAGCGUUACUAGUUAGCUAGUUGAGCACUAUGCUACUAGUUACAGCAUAGGCAACCCAGCCGGCGGCCCAGUAUGUGUUCAGGACCCUCUCUGCCCGCCCCCCAUCCCUGCCGUAUUUGAUCACCAGCACCAGGGUGGCCUCUGUGUGGGGCCUGCGCUGAGCCGCCAGCCUGGCUGCGUCUGUGCCGCUGGCCAAGUCUGUCUGUGCUUUCACUCCUCCCGCCGCCCCCAGCCUGCUUACUCUGACCUCAGCCAGCGCCAGGCCCAGCAGGGGCGGCCUGGGUAGCAAGAGGCAAGGGCAGAGCCUCCCCUUCCUCUCAGAGGCUGCGCUGGGCUGGAACCUACUCCCCACUUCUCCGAGCCCACCCCGCACUCCGUGUGCUGUUGAGUUCAGCGUUUGCCAGUCUGGAGGCCCCUUCCCCGCACAAGCCCGGGAGCUUGGCAGGCCCUGGGGGGCGAAAACCGGGCUGUGCACUGCACCGGGGCCCUGGACCGGCCUCCCAGGCCCGAGAACCGAGCGGCUGGCGGCAGGCUGUGGGAGCUCCCUGACUUGACGGGGGUCUCACAGCCUUGCCCAGGGUCCCACAGGGUGGGCUCUCUUGUAUAUAGCUGGCGCUAGGGGGGCAGGCCCCCCUUUUGCAGAGCCAGGGGUCUGAGGGACUUGGCUGUGUCCCCAGCCAAGAGAGGGGCUGGGGCAGAGACUGGCUCUAAACAAUGUACGAUUAUCCCUUAGA